AUGUCUUACAAUUACAAUUACAAUCAACCGCCGUACCAGCAGCCUGGACAGAAUCCAGCAUAUCCAGGAUAUGCUCAACCACAAUACGGCGCGCCAGGCGGAUUCAUGCCCGGAAUGCCUCCAGCACAGCAAUAUGCCCCGCCCCCCGGUGCACCACCAAUUCCAGGAAAUCGCCCUCAGAGUGGAGCGGGGCCGGCGUCAAACGGUGCUGGUUACUAUCCUCCUCCCCAAGGUCCUCCACCUCCGGGACCACCUCCAGGACACCAGGCAUCAUAUUUCCCCCCGCCGCCUGCACCUGGUCCGGGACCUUAUGGAUAUGCGCCUCCCCCGGGCCCACCUCCUGGUCCGCCCCCAGUUCAACAGCCAUAUGGCUAUGGAUAUGCUCCUCCAGGCGGCUACAUGCCCAUGACUCAAUAUCUUGGUACCCCUAUCCCCCUAUCAGCCGUGAACAAGUACUCUACCGAUCCUCCGGUGCCCGGCUACGAUGCUCGAGGAGACGUUGAAGCCAUUCACAAAGCAACGAAAGGCUUUGGAACUGACGAGUCACAGUUAAUUCGUACACUAGCCCCGCUCAAUGCAUUGCAAGUUGCGACGCUAGCAACCCAAUACAAAGCGGCGAAAGGCCGUGAUCUUGCACAAUUAAUUGAUAAGGAAACAGGCAGUUGGUUUGGCAUGGGGCUACGAGGGAUCGUUCUUGGCCCGCUUGGGUGGGACGUUGAGUUACUACAUAGAGCUAUUGCGGGCGUAGGGACUCACGAAGAUCUGCUCAACGAGAUUCUUUUGUCUCGCACGAAUGAUGAAAUGAACAUGCUCAAAAGCGCAUAUCGCGAUCACUACGGUCGCGAUGCGGAACAAGACGUUUCAAAUGACCUAUCUAUGAAAACUAAGAAUCUGUUUGUCAUGGCCAUGAACGCCAGCCGUGUCCCGGACAACGUUCCAGUUAAUGCACAACAAGUUACCGCCGACGUUAAUCAAUUAUUCAACGCAGGCGUAGGACGUAAAGGAACAAACGAAAUGGUCUUCUGCGAGAUCAUGGUAAAUCGUUCGGGCCCACAUCUGGCCGCUAUCUCUGCAGCAUACCAUGCCAAACAUAAAAUGACGCUGACCCGCGCCAUCAAGAAGGAAUUCUCCGGACAUAUGAAGGAUGCUCUGCUGUAUAUUGCCGAGGGCGCGAAGCGCGACGGUCGUGGAGUAUGGCGCGAUGCCAAGUUGUUGGAACGCUCCAUGGCCGGUCUUGGAACGAAAGAUGAAAGAUUGGUGUGGAGAGUCGUUCGGGCGCAUUGGGACAGACAGCGCAUGGAAGCUAUCAAAGCGUCUUACCAGGCAAAGUACAAAAAGAGUUUGGCCGCCCGCAUCAAGGGCGAGACGAGUGGGGAUUACCAGAAACUUAUGCUUCAACUUGUUGGAUGA